GUGUUUGCUGUGUGUGUGGGUGAGCAGCAGCAGCAGAGAGAGAGAGAGAGAGAGAGAGAGAGAGAGAGAGAGAAACAGUUCGGCUUUCCUUCAGCAGACUGUGAACCUGAACAGAGAACAGCAGCCCUCUCUACAGACUGAGAUAUUUUCAACUAAAGGUCAAACUGGAAAGAGAGAUUCUAAAUCUCCCUACAUCUCCACGGAGUAGCUGCCUCUAGAGAUCCAGCGCUCCUGGGCCCAGAGCCUGUGCAGCUCCAGCUGCCAUGACAGAAACCACCGCCUCCUGAGCUUCUCGGCGACACCCUACGACGGGGGAGGAUGGGUGAUGGGCCCCCGAGACUAAGCAGACUGUCUCUUAUUUUUGCCGUCCUCUCAUGGAGCAACUUGUCACGCCGAGCUCCUCCUGGAACACAUCUCCCUCCAGGCUUCCCGUAUUUCCAGCCCUGCUGCAUCCAAACAUCUCUAACGUGACUGCUCCCAUCACAAGAAGCCAAGGCAGCGUGAACCUGAAUCAGUCCUUGACACUAUGUGUGAUGAUUGUUAUGGAUGUGCUUGCAGUGGUGGGAAACUUGGCUGUGAUGAUUGUCAUCAGCAAAACUCCACACCUGCGUAAGUUUGCCUUCGUGUUCCACCUCUGCCUGGUGGACCUGGUGGCAGCGGUGGUGCUGAUGCCACUAGGGAUGCUGUCGGAUCAAAUCCUCGCGGAUGAGGUACUGUGUCGGAGCUACCUCUGUUUAAGUGUGUGUCUAAUAAGUGCUGCCAUUCUGACAAUCUCUGCCAUUAACGUGGAACGGUACUACUACAUCGUCCACCCCAUGCGUCACGAAGUGAAGAUGACCGUGGGCGUGGUGGUGGUGGUGGUCGUAGGAAUCUGGAUUAAAGCCAUAGUCAUGUCCUUGAUACCUCUUUUGGGAUGGCUCCUCCAGGAAAAAUACAGUCUAGCCUCUUCUUCUCUUCUGGUUCCCAGUCAGAGACACUGCUCCCUCCACUGGACAGGAGGCAGGAUCAUGCGCCUGCUUUUCACGGUGUUUUUUACAUUUAUUUAUUUUCUCUGUCCGAUGCUGAUCAUUCUCGUGGUCUACUGCAACAUGUUCAAGGUGGCGCGAGUAGCUGCCAUGCAGCAAGGCCCCCUUCCUACCUGGAUGGACAUGCCACGACAAAGGUCUGAGUCCAACAGCAGCUAUUCCACCAUGGCAGCGAGUCUCGGAGGAACUGGUGCCCGCACCACCCCGCAGAGAGGUUUCGGUGGUGGGAAGGCUGCGGCCGUUUUGGUGGCAGUGGGGGGUCAGUUCCUCUGCUGCUGGCUGCCAUAUUUCUCCUUCCAUCUCUAUUCAGCUGUGAUGUCUACAUCCCCCACCUCACUGGCACAACUGGAGGCCGUGGUCACAUGGAUUGGAUAUUUCUGCUUCACCUCCAACCCCUUCUUUUACGGCUGCCUGAACCGGCAGAUUCGCGAGGAGCUGGGCCGCCAGCUAGCCUGCUUCUUCAAGCGGGCCGGGCCCAGUGAAGGGGAGCAGCUGCCCAGCCGCGAGGCUUCUAUUGAGGAGAACUUUCUGCAGUUCCUUCAAGGCACAGGAUGCAAUCUGGAGCCCUGCAACUCUCACAGCAGAGGCAGCCCAGAAGAGCCAGAGACAGACACCAUUCAUGACUCAGCUGUUCAGCAGAACAUGGCAGCUGACUUUCAUAUCCCAGGGCAGAUCCUCGAGGAGACCUCGGAGUUUUUGCAGCAUCAACAGCUGAACAAUGACUUAUAUGUCUCAGAGAAAGAAAACUGUCGCAAAACUGUCCCAGACGUGUAGCCGGCUCGUAUUUACUUUUUUUUGUUUGUUUUGUUUUGUUUUUUGCCAUUUAAUGAUGUGAGAAAUAUACCUAAUUUAAUUCAUUUUCUUUUUUUAUUGGCUGAUUUAAAGUACGGUGCCCAUUGAAAGGAUUUGAACAUGUAAAAUGUUAAGUAAAGUUUAUAUUUAAAUAUUUAUUAAUUUCAGGAAAUAACAUUGUGUGUAUCAUCUUCCACAUAUUCUUAUGCUGGAACAUUACAGUAUCAGGUCCGUGAGGUAACAUCAGCAGAUGUAUGGGAAACCAUUGUGGUAACCACAGUGUGGUGAAGUAACAAAGUGCUGGAGGGUGUGUGAAAGAGCUGAAGGAGAAACACCCCAUUCACACUUUAUGUAAAGCUAUAAAAAUAUUGGAGCAAAUGUCACAUUCUUCUUCACAGAAGGCAAUAAUGUUCACGACACCAAAUCACACACUAUUAUUAUAUUGUUAUGAAUUAUUAUUUCCAAUUAAUACAUCUCCAUUUAUUAUGAUUUCUCUGCUCCACUAUGACAGUAAACCAGUUUAACCUUUAAUGUGUGGAUGUGUGUUUGACAGUAGCUUGUUGAAGAUCCCAAUAUUUAAAUCAAGUGCUAAUUAGGUUUUGAUUAAAGCCCUUUGACAAUCACUACUUUUUGACUACUCAGAUAUUUUACUAUUGGCCUAACCUUCUGCCUGAUCAUUAAAACUGGACUCACGUCCACCUGCACUACAUGUUUAUUAUGGGAUAACUCAGUGGUCGGAGUAAAGAAUGUUGUUUUACAAUUUGUUGUUACUUUAUCUGCCAUCAUUUUAGUUUUAAGUAAAUGACCUGCUCCCAUGUAUGGACUCAGUCCCCACAUGACAAAGGACUCCACGCAAAAACACACAGCUGGUUUCCUCAGUAUUGUGCAGUAAAUAUUCACCGUCUCACCCAGUGAAAUAUUCAGGAGGAUCACAGUACUGUUAGUACUGCCAGUACACAAAGUGCCACAUCGGUGUGUGUGGCAGAAAGGUCAUCAUCUGAUCUUGGUUCUAGUGGUAAUAUACCUCCUCAAGAUAUUCACAUCACAUGACUUUUCACUUUUCGCUUGACUUUUUAAUGCCAACACUGUGGCUGCUUCAAGUGUGUGUCUGUGUGUGUGUGUGUGUGUUUUUACAUUGUCUAGGUGGUGGAUUGAGUCGUUGUAGAAACAACAGCGACAUUAAAACUGACACUUUGUUAAAACAAGUUCAGAUGCAGAUAGUUUUCAGUCGCAGGGACCAGACCACGCUGCCCCGUGAUGUCUGUGCUGUUUACAGGUAAACACAGGCGCAGUGUGAGUGCUCCACAGUUUGUGCUAUAAACAGCCAGGCUUGUUGUGGCUACACAGCACACAGGUGUGACUGUGCUUACACAUAGGCAAGAUUUGCCUUUGGCCUCAUUUAGCCACUUAUGGAAGACAAUAGCCACACUUUCUCUGAUCUCAGGUGGAAUCUUACACUUUGCACAAGUAACGUUGACGGUGACAUACAGAACAUGUUUAUGUUCUGAGGAAAAUCAGGCAGCACAGUUCUCUUACAAGUCAUUCCAUCUUCCUCGGCCUUCCUCGCACAGGACUGUCGACAUGAUCACAAGACACUCAACACAAGUCGUUUAUGUUUUUGCUCACAGACGGCCUCUUUGUUUGGGAGACUAAAACGAACUUAACCUUCUUGUGAAUUUGCUGCUUUCUUUUCAGAUGGGUUUAUGUGUCACGUUAAAUGUUAGGCCCAUUUAUAUUCAGUGGUUACGUUUGAUCUGAAGCCAAAAAGAAAACACUGUCACUGCCAUAAAUAUUUCACGUCUACAACAAUAGUCCUCGCUGACCGUUAUGGAUCAACUGCUCUCUCUUUAUAAUAAACUCAGUGGUGUUUCUCACAAUCUGUGGUCACUACAAAGACCGGUGUGUUAAGUGUGCAUCAGUGAGCCAUUCAAUCAGAUUGAUUUUGGUUACCCUAGCAGCCAAAUUGCCCUGACCAAUCUGAUUACAUGCUUUAAAGUCUGUUUCUGCUGUCAUCUGUUCAUUAUAAGGACGGAGCGAUUAGCUGCUGUGAAGGUGGAUGAAAGACAUUUUCCCCCCGACCUACAGAUAUUCAUGGACAGAAACUUUUGUGCAUCAUGAAUACAGUCCCCAUGUUCCCUGUCUUUUAUUGUUCUUUUUGUGAUUUCUACCUGAGCUGAAAGUACUGUUUGGAUUCUUUAUAAACAAGGUUUGUUUCGGACUGGUGUUAAAUUCCCUUGUGUAUAGAUUUCACAUCUGUUUCACUAUUUUUGUUGUUGUUGUCGGUCAUAGUUCAGAGAAAAUUUAAGACCAAAAGGUUUCAAACGGUUAUGUGAUGAAUAUACUUGGUCCCAGUGUGUGUGUGUGUGUGUGUGUGUGAGA